GUUUCGCGGUUGCCAGGAUACGGAGGCUCUGUACGGAUGAUGGAGCAGUACAGUCUGCUGGGCCGGAUCGGGGAGGGAGCCCAUGGGAUAGUUUUCAAAGCCAAACAUAUCGAGACCGGGGAGGCAGUCGCCCUGAAGAAGGUCGCUCUGCGAAAGUUGGAGGAGGGGAUCCCGAACCAGGCUCUGCGAGAAAUCAAAGCUCUGCAGGAGAUUGAAGACAACCAACAUGUGGUGAAGCUGCGCGAGGUGUUCCCCCACGGCACCGGCUUCGUGCUGGUUUUCGAGUACAUGCUCUCUGACCUUUCGGAGGUCAUCAGGAAUUGUGAUCAGCCCCUGACCGAGGCCCAGGUCAAAAGUUACAUGAUGAUGCUUCUGAAAGGCGUGGCGUUCUGCCACGAGAACUCCAUCAUGCACAGGGACCUGAAACCGGCAAAUCUUCUCAUCAGCUCCACCGGCCUCCUGAAGAUCGCUGACUUUGGCUUGGCCCGCGUUUUCUCCAGCGACAGGGGCCGCCUGUACAGCCAUCAGGUGGCCACAAGGUGGUACCGGGCUCCUGAGUUACUGUACGGGGCCCGCAAGUACGACGAGGGAGUGGACUUGUGGGCCGUUGGCUGUAUAUUUGGGGAGCUUCUCAACGGAUCCCCCCUGUUCCCCGGGGAGAAUGACAUUGAGCAGCUGUGCUGUGUCCUCCGGACCCUCGGGACCCCGAACCCUCAGACGUGGCCAGAGAUCGCCGAGCUCCCGGAUUAUAACAAAAUCUCUUUCAAGGAGCACCAACCCCUUCCUGGGGAGAGCGUGGCCCCCGACACCUCGCCAGAGGCGCUGGAGCUCCUAAUGCGCUUCCUCGUCUAUCCGUCCAAUCAGAGGAUCCGGGCAGCCGAGGCUCUGCUGCACCCCUAUUUUUUUGGAGAACCUCUCCCCGCUCACCACUCAGAGCUGCCCAUUCCCCAGAGAGGAGAAAGGAGAAGCCGCCAGAGAGAGUUUCACACGGAGCAGCCGUUAGCCGACAGUCUGCUGGACCCAGGCCUCCUGAGUGACUACCUGUCCGGACUCUGAUGCCGCGGCAUGGCGUGUCCGUGUGCCUGCGCGUUCCCGGUCACGGCGUGUACAUACUAAAGACUUAUUUUGAAUGUGAUGUCACUGAGGAGAGAGGGGGUCCUCCUCGUGUUGAGCCUCCGGUCCGGGACCCUGUUGCCCCCGUUGCCCCUGUUGCCCCCGUUGCCCCAUGUGACAUUAGCCCCGGCACUGAAUUGUCCUGUAUUUGUUGUCAUUUUUUGGAUUCAGUUAUUUUUGUAAACGUGGAUUUUCUGAGCUUGU